AUGGAAGAGCUGAGGAUGGUGUUGCUCGGGAAAACAGGAGAUGGAAAGAGCAGUGCUGGGAAUACCAUCCUAAAUGACAGAAUGUUCCAUACCAGAUCAUCACUCAAUUCUGUGACCCACCAGUGUGUAACAGUGUCAGGGAUCACACAUGGCAGGCCUGUAAGCGUGACUGACACACCUGGACUUUUUGACACUGAUCGUCCAGAUGGAAUACUGAAACAUGAACUUGUAAGAUGUAUGACUCACUGUGCUCCAGGAGUUCAUGCCUUUCUCAUUGGGCUUAGACUUGGAACAUACAUAGAACAAGAGACAGUGGUAAAAAAAAUAACAGAAUCUUUUGGGGAAGAUGCAUUCAAACAUUCAGUGGUUCUUUUCACUCAUGGUGAUGAACUCGAUGAUGGUCAAACCAUUGAGGACUUUGUUAAGGAAACUGAAGCUUUACAGGAGCUUGUUGAUAAGUGUGGGGGACGCUGUCAUGUGAUUGACAAUAAGUAUUGGAAUCAGCAGGAAGAUGAGUACAGAAACAACAGUGUUCAGAUACAGAAACUACUGGACACUAUAGAAAAAAUGGUAAGAGAGAAUGGUGGUAAUUACUACACCAAUGAAUUGCUGCAGAAGAUUGAGGAAGACAUACAAGCAGAGGAAAUGAGAAUAAGAGAAGAAGACACAACAUAUCUGUGUGAUGAGGAAAUCAGAGAAAAGGCCAGAAAGAGAGUGUCCAAGAAAUAUUUGAAAAAAAUUUCUGAGGUAACAGCUGGGGCAUUGCUGGGUGCUUUUUUUGCAGUUGGAGUUUUAAUAGGUGCACCUGUAAGUUUGAUUGGUGGAGUAGCAACAGAAUUUUAA